UGAAAACUCUUCAAUUUCAUUUUCCAGCUCGAAGAGAGAAACGGCUGACAUCCACAGGUAUAAGAACCGGAGAGAAAGGUAAUUCAAUUUCUCUUUCUUUUUACUCAAAGCGCUUAGGCAUGUUUUAAAUAUACACAGAACUUGAAAUUAUCAUAUCCUUAUUAUCACUUUGACUAACAUCUUUGUUUUCGUCUGCCGCGCAAAUGAGACUCUAGGGACUUGCUACUACCGGACAAAGUGACUCGAAGAAAGCUUACUGGUAGAGACGCCAUCAUUUCUCAUUUGCCUCUUCCUUCGAGACUAAAACCACACAUUUACAUCAACUAAGGUUCCGGUGCACGUCCGUGAAAUAACUAAUUAAAGUAAAGAAGGAUCGACCAAACGCGAAAAUGUUUACAGUAUUAUCCAACUGCACAAAGUAGAGUUCAAAUAACGCGUGAAUAGAGUACAAAUACCCUGCGAUAUUGUACGGUUAUUUGGACAGUUAGUUAUUUUGUACUGUAAAAAAACCUGUUUAACUGGUCGGCUGCGCGCCCUACGUUUCUCUCUCCACUUUUCUUUUCCUGCCCUAUAAAGAAUGAGCAGAAAUACUUCGCAAAAAAAUGAUUGGAUGAUAAAUAACAUAUUAAACGUUUUGGUUGUAGUAUCGCUAAGUAAUCUUACUUGUUUUAUGUAUUUUGACGCGCCUUAAAGUCUCGUCAAAGUACGGCACAAGUCGUAAAAAUACUCGGCGAGACUACACACUAAAACGUGUAAUAAGAUACGUAUACGAUUAAGUCAGAAUACCUUUAAUUUUGAAGACACGAUUGAAUUGACUUUCACCACUGCUACACGAAAAUUCCCUUGCCACGUUUGUGCACAUGUGUUACUAUAUGAGUAAAUUUUAUCCUUUAGGUAUCUUCUAAGAAUCAGUUUUCGCGGAAGUAUUCAAAUAAGCGUACCGGAACUCAUUAGAUGUACGCAUCGAAUUGCCAAGGUCAGUUUAAAUUGCGUGACACAACUUCCGGUGAAAGUUGCAACAGCAUCUGAUAAAAAUCAUAGGUGGUACGGACCUUGGGAAAGAACAGUGGAACAGAGGGGUCUCGCAAACUUCCGGUCUCAUAGAUUUUCAUGAUUAGUUUGCAGAUACAUGCAUAGUGUGCAUAGUUUGUAUUGUGUACGUAUUUCAAAUUUCAAAAUCAUUUCAAAUUUUUGUUUCGUCUAUUACAUCCGCAUUAAAAAUUUAAAAGCUUUCAGAUUCCGUCAGCGCAUGAUCUGUUCCAAGACCGGCCGGCAUAAUUUGCCAAAGGAUUAGAACUCCAGGAUUUAUCCUAAGUCGUUCUAAAAUUUUAGAAUCCCCGAGUUUGUUUAUUUAGUCGAUUUUCGUCGGUGGUGCGUUUGAAAAUUUGUUCGCUUCAGUCAAAAUUUUUCUUUUCGAAAAACCAUCCGCACUUGUAAAAUGUUAGUGAUGACGGAAAAUUUGACUAAAUAAACAACUUUUUCGCUUGUGAGAAAAGGCCCUUGGAGGAAGAAUAGACCAGUUUGCGAGAUACAUUUAUUUCUUUCGUGUUCUGAAUAUCUGACAGCAAGUCAUAGCACUGUUUUUCCCGUUCUGCAUUCAACGGCAAAUACCGAAGAAAAGGUUUUAAAAAAUUACAAUUGGAACGGAUAACAUGUUUCCACGCAAAGAAAAAGGAAGAGUCGAGCCAUUGAGUGCUUUGCAUCUCUUUUGUUUUAGGUCAAGAAUUGCGCAUCCAGUUAUUGAAAUGGAAAAUCAGAAGUCAGAUGUUCGCUUACUACUGUCUGAAGAACUCGAAGCCAUACGCUCCAAGAUUGUAAAAGGAGAGCUCGUGCUCUUUGUUGGCGAGCAAGUAUCGACUUUAGUCAGUACGGAUAAGCAUGACCCCUCAUUGGAUGACUGGUGGCAAAUUCUCAAUAAUUCUGAGGUAAGAAUGUCUACUGCGUAGCCGGAAGUGAGAUUAUUAGGACAUUGGACUCGUAUCCAGAAAUUCAUUGAGGUUGGUAAUGGCAUGGACCAGGGGCUGACAUGAUCUUAAAAUUGCUUGGCCAUCAAAAGGCAUCGAAAACGCGAUGACAGACAUGCAUAAUGUACAAAAUUUAGGACUAAAAACUAUGCUGGUUUUCUCACCUCGUAGGUGUAAACGGAGUAUCUCCGGAUGCACUCUCGGGGAAGGAAGGGAGUGUUGAGGAGCCAGCCAAGAUGUUAUGAAUGAAUUGCAAGAGUUAAUUAUCUCUCGUGAGGUAUAAUCGUUUUUCUCAAAAUGAAGUCACUUCCGCUGAAGAUCGCGAAGUUUCAGUGGCAUAGUACCAGUCGUCUUAAGGCGAAAACGCUACGAUGGUAAAUCACAGACGAUGAUACUUAAUUACCAGUGAAUUUUCCACGAUAAAUAACCAAAAACCUUUCUUAAAUUUUGAUUAAUUAUAACACGUUGCCUAGAGCAAGCUUUGAUGUUAACGAGGAGCUCAAAAGAAUUCUGCUGGUGGUUUCGCUGCCCAUAUGAAGGUACAAUUCUUCAUGUGUCUCUUAAUUUGCAGAAAGGCACGAAUGAACUUCUCGAUCUCGAAGACAAGUUUCUGAGAGAUCUUCAGCAGGCACCGUCACGUGUUCACAAUGCCCUACGGAAUGUUGGGAAGUUUCCUCUUAUCAUAACCACCAAUAUGGACGAGUUGCUAGAGCGCUUUCUCUGGAAGACUGGGAACGGUGGCGAGAAACUGCGACUGGACCAGGUUGGUAAAAAAGAAAGACGAUUCGACUCAAAUGUAUCUGUUGCAAAGUAUUUGUUUUUCCUGUGUCUUAUGAUCCAAAAAGUUCUUACAAAAGUGUGAUUUUGUUUGCAGCCUUAUUUUGAUUUUCCCUUAUAAAGCUUUACUUUGGGCAUUUCUCUGAAACGAAUGAUACUCUGUUCGUCUCUAUAUCCCAGACGGUAUUUGAUGAUCUCGCUUCAAACAACUUUGCUGCUGGUUUACAAAUCUGGUUAAGAAUGUAUGAAAGGUUUCGCGUUUGAGAAUUAUUUGCAGCCAGGCUUAUAUCCUAACAUUAAGAUGGAUUCUUUUUGCCAUAGCUUUCUAGAUAGUUGCCCACUUCCCGUUAAAUAUCAACCUAGACGAAAAAAGGCCCUGUAUGAUAGAACGAACGUGCAAAGUGAGAAGGGGAGGAACUAAUAGGCUUUCGUGCCACUUGGUGCCAUUCGACGGGUUAUUCAACUACUUUACUUACUGUCUUCCAGAUUUCCUGUCUCUCCCAGUCCUGGCCAGAUCUGCGUAGAGAUUUGAUCAUCAAGUGUUUUGGGGAUUGUGGUUUUAACGUGCGGGCGUUGGUAAGUAUCAGGCAUUUAAUGUCCCAUUCGUUGGUCGUUUGCCACUUCAAGAUGUCGUAGUCAUAAUACAUCGCGGAGUGUGCAGACAUUCAACCAAGUAGCACUGAAAACCCAUAGAGCUGUAAUUAAAUUCAAACAGUAGCAAAAUUAUUUUGGUGCUUUUCUUCUUGCGCUGCUGCCUUUGAUUACUCUCAAUUAUUGAUGUAGCUAUAAUGCUGAAUAUGCUUUUCCUCAUUUUGAUUGAUUAUUUUCAGCCAAGUAGCAAGAAGUACUUUGAAGACUUCUGCACCACUCUUGAAGGUCCUGAAGUGGAAUUAAUGCAGCAAAUAUUUAAUGAGAGAUCUGUGCUGUUUCUCGGUUGUGAUCCCGAGCGCCCAGAGUACAAGAAUUUCUUCCAAAAAUUUGCAGUUAAUGCCAAGGUAGACAGCUGUUGAAAUUUGCAAGAGCUCGUGGUGGUUUUCUUUACUUGCGUGUUUACUUUACAUCAAAUUUCCUUCGAAAUCGAUAUUUUUAUCGUUAUUCUCCGUUCUUUCUACAGUUUAAACAUUACAAGUUUGAGUUUUACCAGGACUCAGACCUUCAUGAAAAUGGAAAUCUCCUAACGUUAAAGGCAAACAUACAACCCUGGGAAUUCGUGCAGUUCUUGAGUACAGGAACUAUCCAAGCAGAAAUACAACCAGGACAGGUAAUAUAAACUGGAUGCAUUUGAUGAAAAACUCUCCACUAUUGAAGUCAUCCAAAAACCAAAUAACAAAACAUUGACGCUGACGCACCUGUUGGUAGAGCAAGCUGAUUUUGACCCAUGCACCCAACCAUCAGUGACCUUUUUUCGGGGCGCUUCGCUAUUACCUCUUUUUCAGUUUUAUUUAAGUGUUUUAUUACCUUUUUCUUCCUACAGGUGUACGAAAGAUCCUACCUGCGGACCCAGAGGGAAGAAUAUCUCAAGCAACAGCUCGCACUGGAGAUAAAGGCCUCGGAGAUAAUAUUUCACACCAUUAAUAUAACAAACGCAUUGUCGCCUGACGAGUACUUUGAAAAGAUUUCACGUCCCACCAUACAAGACAUAUUCGCGAAAGAUCCCUUUGGUGAGUUGCCGUUUUAUUGGUGCGAACUAAGUUCAAUUUCAAAAUAGAGUUAAAACUUUAAGUCUGUAUGCGUGUACGUAUGUAGGUAUGCAUGAGUAUAUGUGUGUAUACUUAAUUGACCAGCCCCCCCCGUGGGGCUUUUUAGGGACAAUAAGAGUAAAUAAGUGAAUAAUGAGUGAAAAAAUGAAUGAACGUGACCAUCUGGUAGGAGGCAGACGAGGUGCUUUAUGAAAAGCACAGCCAGGGAGUCGAGGUCCAGGCAAGUGGGAAGAAUUCCAGUGAGUAGCUGAGAGGAGGGCUUUGACCUGCAACCACCAGAUUACAAGCCCAACGCCCUGACCAUCCGUUCAAACUGUCCUAAAGUCCAUUCUUGGUUUAGUGUUUUUGCCUUUGUGGUAGUUAUAAUGGGAUAUCUGAAAGAGGUGAAGAAAGACAAGGAAGCUGGCAGAUAUAGUGAGAUGAAGGAUGGACAGAGAGAUCCUCACAAUUCCUUUUCACGCGGCUGCAUGGCCUAAAAUUCCUUUAUUUGAUAUCUAGGCGUUUACUCUGAGGAGAAGGUUCAGCGGACGUUGGAUGCAAUGAAAGGAAGGCGUGACAAUCUAAUAAAGGUGAGUAAAUAUUGUGAUGGUCGUUAAACAAUCUUUCCUUUGAUGCAUGGAAGUUUACUAAGGAGGGUCUAUCUCUAUGAUCACAGCUUAUAACUGAAUCAAAAACCAGCGUCACUGCCUUGUUCUUCUACCACGGAGUGAAGAACGAGAUAGGAGGAUGGAAGCAAGUAGAGAAGGUACCUCCUCCGUCUGACAAAGAAAAAGAGAAAAUCCUGCAAAAGUGCAAGAUUUCCAUCAGUAAAUACGCAAAGGCCGUUCUACUUUGUAAGUCGUUCAUGCGAAGUAAUAGCACCUUGGAAAUUCUCAUUGUUGGUGAUGAGGAAACUUACCAAGUGCAGGAGGUCGAGAAGGAAACCUUUGCUCUCAUCCGCCUCAGAGGUUGGUUAUUUAUUUAAGCCCUAUCUGCUUAGCCGGAGUCCAAAAUACGAUGACAUGCUUCUUUUUUGUGACCUGAAAAGUCACUUUAAAGCACUGCCUAAAACUGAAUAGCUGGGAUUAUGAUAGCUCAUGGAAAUACAUGCGUGGGUAUAUAUUCUGAUAUCAUUAAAGAGAAUAAAAUCGACUAACAGCUGAAUGGAAAGUUAUCUCUCUUAAGACAGAAAAAACCAUGAAUAUAUAUAUGCUGUCAUAAUAAUGUCAGUGAUUUCCGCUGUACCUAUUGACCAGGUUGGGCCAGGCCCACUAGUGAAAUAAGUAAGUUUAACAUUGCAAAGGUUUUGUGUCUCAGUAUUUGUUAAAAUGAAAGUAUGUUUUUUGCAUAAAAAUGGAAACAAUUGUUAAAAAUGUGUUAUACCAUUUGAAUGCUCUCAAUUUAGAGCAGUACGGCAUUGUGUCUUAAAGGUUUGAGGUAAAGGAUAGAUGUUACUGGCUAACGUCUUCAUAGUUUUCUUUCGUUCGCUUUUCUCGUUGAUUGUUUGUUUCCGUAUUUUCUUUCUCCUAUGGCACAGGGGGAACAGAUGAAGCUAUUUGCUACGCUGAAACAGCCUCAUCUCCUGAAGAUAGAAAAUUCGCCGCUCAACUCAUUAACAUAAACGGGGAUGAGGUGUUGAAUAAACGAAAGGUGUACGAGAGAAGCCGUGCAAACGCCUGGAACAACGAAGAUUCCAUUCUGAAACUCGCCACAGCAAUUAUGAAAGAAAACGCACAGAUGAAAGAAAAAUUCAACAUUGAUGCAAUUGAAGUAUGUGGCUUCAUCUUCAUGCUCCUAAACAUUAUGAUCAGAGUUUGGUAACACCCUUGUAUGCAGUUAACAGGUUUACUUUAUACGUCAAUGAUUAGAUCGGGGCUAAAUUGUUCGAUUUCCUGGCGAGAUUACCAUUAGAUUUGAAUGCUGGCCAGGGCAACAUAUCAAUUGCCUGGGCUUCGAAGAACCCGGUGCAAAUGAGCGUAUGUCAUGAAAUAACUCACUUUUCAUGAGGUUACAUGUUACUGACUGGGCUAUGUUGUAUGUGCGUACUGUUGAGAGAAGAUGUUCAACAGUAUUGUCGUUGUGCAUGGCCUUGGACAAGUAGCGUUAAAACGGAAAAAGUCAUACAUUUAAAAUCCAUUGUACAUUCACCUAAUUACACGUUUUGCUGUGGUGAGUCACAUUUAGUCUCGGUUGUUCUUUUCCUUUUUAGAGGGGCAGUCGAGGCAAAGUAUCUACGAUUUCUAGACGCUGAAAAAAUGGACAAUUUUAGAGCAAGAUAUAGGGUUUAGGGUUAUGUUACCACUGGCAUAAACAAUCUGGGCUCCUUUUUUCAACUGUCUGCUAUCAUAGCACCUCUCUCCACCAGGACACCAUGAGCGGCUUAAGUUUACCAAUACCCUUUCAGUGCUGAAUGGCUAUAUGCAAUGGAUCUGCUUCCCGGCUGGGGAGUACCAAUACAUCUAUUCAAGCUCCCAAAAGUUCACCUGACCAAUGUUUUCCUUGCUUUUAUCUUUACAGAAAAAAGACCUGGAGGCAUUAGAAACAUUGACUCGCAUAAGCCAGAAAGUGAUCAGUAAGCUGGACCCAGGCUAUCUCGAUCCACUAGGUGAAGGCAGCUUUGGCCAGGUUUUCAGAGCGAAGAAGGACGGUCAUGAUGUGGCUGUAAAGAUCCUGAAGAACAUCCAGAGCCGCAAACAAAUAGAGGACUUUGAACGAGAAGUGGACACACUGAGGUUAGAAUAAAGGUGAUCUUUGUAGAAAUCUAGCUAUAUAUGUAAAAUGCACGUUGAUAUGUUACAUUAGCUCAACCUCACACCUUACAAUGCCACAAACUGGGUCAAAACAUCGAAUUUAAUUUUUUUUUUGGACUCAGCGCGGAAAGAUAUUUUCAGAUCAAAGAUAGUUGCUGAGCACCAACUUUCCAACUGACUGAUAAAAAAUAAAAGUCCACUCCUUGGUUUCCCCUCAUUGUUACAACAUGUCCAUCCUUAAGCUCUUGAAUUGUUAAACUUAAUCAGUGAUGGCCUACCUGAUUAACUUUCUAAACGUAUAUCUCAACUUAAACAGAUUAUUCUUGCAAUAAUUGUGACCUCAAUAAAAGUAAUGAUGUAGAGUAAGCCCGUAGGUUUUUUAAAAAGAAGGCGGUUCGAUGCUCUAGCAGACUCGAAUCCAUCUCUUUUUUUCGCCUUGGUUUGUUUUGGUUUUUUAUGUACCUAUUCUUGAAAUGACACUUUGCUAUUCUUCUCGCGGUAUUAACGCUGGCAAACAGCGCCAGCAAGUGAGGGACGAAUUUCACAGCACUUAUUUUAAUUGAUUUAUUUUUUUUCAGGAGGCAAAGCAUCCUAAGAUUGUAAAGGUGCUUGAAUGCAUCUCUAUCCAGAAUCAGCUGGCAAUUGUGAUGGAGUUCAUGGCGGGAGGAAAUCUUAAAAGCAUAUCUGGAGAAAAACCAUGGAACCGGACAAGGGAAAGAUUUUGCCGUCAGAUUCUUAGAGGAUAUUGGCUCUGCAAUUGAGCAUCUUCACUCGCUCAAUAUCAUGCAUAGAGACGUUAAACCUGAAAACAUUUUUUGUGAGUGUAAUAAUUUCACUGUCUCUAUCCUAGACUGCACCAUCUAGAAAUGAAAACAUUAUUAUAUUUAUCGAGGUACAAAAAGGCUUCCUCUUAAAUGCUGUGUUCGUUACCAUCUUAUGUAGUCAUCUCAAGAAAUUGACAAGUAUUUUGUUUUUUUACAAUGCGUUGGAGGUAAUUUUGCACAUCGCAUUUUAAUCGUCGUGAUGUGACCAGUUUAAGUAGGUCUGUUCUUUACGCCAUUACUUCGUAGCUGUCAGCUGACCACACAGUACUCAAACUCGGAGACUUUGGUCUUGCUCGCGCAACUGAAGGGACACGUCAAACAAAAACCAAAUUGGCUCGUAUCGCUACAUGGCGCCUGAAGUGGUCAGCAGUGGGGACAUUACUCCAAGAAAGCUGAUGUUCACAGUUUUG